AUGGCCAAGCAUCUCUUCGUACAGAAGAUUGCCACCCUUGAGGGUUACAAGGGCGUCGACAUUGCCCAGGCCUUUUUCGACGUGACGCUGCAAAAUGUCGACGCCCGCCUCAUCAACCUUGAGAAGCUCUUCAGUAUAGCCUCGCCGCCGCCGAUGCUGGACGUGACGUGGGAGUCCCUCGAGUUCAGAGCCAAGCGUCUGUGGCAGUACCUGCCGCGCCAAGCCCUGGUUGUCACCGUGGACAGAGACGAUCAGGCGCAGGGCAGCAGCGUCACGCCCGAGGCGCUGCGCAAGGUUCUCAUCCGUCUUGACCCGAGCCCGCUCUUGUCGCGUGAGCCGGAAAAGAAAAAGAAAAAGAGGACGGCAACGGACAAGCUCGAUGAGUACACCAAGCAUGACGAAGCUGCUACUGCCGCCAUCGACGAAGAGGAUUUUGAUCUCGCCUAUGAGGCCCAAAAGCUUUGCCACGCAGCCGGCAAGAGGGGCUUGGCCAUCGUUGAUCCCAUCAAGGAUCUGGACUACCUCUACGCCGCGGCCGUCGACUUGACCAUCUCGUUCGAGACGAAUCGCCGUCAUCCGAAUAUCCGACCUCCGGGGAUGCCCCCGGGAAUGAUGGGUCCAGGAAUGCCUCCGCCGAUGCGACCUCCCGUCCACCCCUUUGGAAAGCCGCCAAAGCCCUGCUGUGGCUGUUGCUCGUGCUACUGCCACUCACCAUCACCUCGUAUUAUCGACGUCGACGUCAAGAAAAAAAAGCGUAUCACUGGGGGCUUUUUCCGAUUCGGAUGGCUCAGGAACCUGUUUCGUAGGAAGAAGACGACCGACUACGAUAGCGACACCGCGUCGUACACCAGCAGCAGCGCCUCUAGCACAAUCGUUUGA